AUGGCAAUCUUUGACUCACUUGUUUCUUCACUGAUUUUACAAUAUUCUCAUCAUUCGGAAUGGGAAGUUUUACAACCCAAUUUAAUCAGUAAAACUUUUCAUCAGUGCUUCCAGUCCGAAGAAUUUGCUCGAGAAUAUUUACGAAAUUUAUUUUCAUUAAAUGAACGACAAGCUAUAAAAUUAAAUGAAAUGAUUCAGUGCGCGAAUCAAUUCUUUCAUUCCAACAAUCAAGAAGAAGAAGAAACAAACUUCAAGCCAAACAAGAAGAAGAGAAAACACUCUAAAAAGAAUGAAAAGCAAAACGACAAAUAUAGUUAUUGGUCCAUUCUUAAAAUGUUUGUCAAGUUACAAAACAGAAAUCAUGUCAAGCAAAUGAAUGAACAUUUUACCAAGUACAACUCUUUGGCGAUGGAAUUUCCUCAAAUCGUGCCAUCCCCAGAAUUAGCGCAAUGGAAAUCAAACAAAGCUACUAAUUAUCUUGAAACCAUUGAAAAAUUAGUGCAAAUAGAACAGCAACAAGUGGCAUUGUUGGAAAGAAUGAAAAAGUUUUUCUCAACAAUAGAAACCUCUACCGAUGACAGAAUUUCUUCAAACAUUUCGCACAAAAUAUUCGGAACGUUGAAGGGACUAUUUGUGACCAAAUUUGCAAGAAUAUGUGAUACUGAUGACAAGAGGAUGGAAUUGGAUUACGUUGUUUUUAGUGAUUGUGGAUUUCCAUUAAGCAUUUCCACCAAAGGUUCACACAAUAUUGACACCUAUAGAAGUAACCAUUUUUAUUCUGAACAAGUUUUCAUUCAGUCCAAGAACUUGUUUUUAAAUUCAUAUUUCAGAAAUGAGCAUGGUUAUUGUGAGAGAGAAUACCGUUCCAUCCAUGACGACAAAUUACUCAAUUUUGUAAAAGAUGUAUUCUUUGAUACCGAAUUGGCUCAAGGAGAAGAAUCGGCUAUUGACUUUGAAUAUGAAUUGACGUUGUUACUGAGCUCAUGGUUAAAUGCUGGAAUUCUAUUGCCAGUGGAUGUGUCAGUUUUAGAUGGCGAUAUUGACAAAUUUUUCCCAUUUUGUCUUGCUCCUAAUGAAGACGAUGAUUUCAUUGAUGACGAUUUUAUUGAUGAUUCUGAAGUGAAUGAUGAGGAACUUAAAGUUUAA